UUAGUUAAAUAUAAGAAAAGCCAGGCCCAGGAUCAUGCAACCCGUAGGAAAACAAAGAGAAUUUACGUCUCUUGAAGCUUUCGGGACUAUUGCAUUUGCUUCACUUAUGCUCCUAGCUGCUGCAGGUGGAUUGAGGAAGAAUAUCGGGAAAAUGUCAAAGGGUAGUAAUGAGAAGCACUCACAAUCGCUGAAACUGGAAAGAAAGCCAAUGUUGUUAUAUGAGGACACACAGAGUACCCAUACACCGAAAACAUAAAAUGUGCACGAGUAGCGUAUUCAAAAAUCA